AAACGCGCCGCGCUGACAACAGCGCUGUACCAAGAAUUCAACAAGACGGUUUUCGGGGCCCAAUUACCCCCCGACAUGUCCGUCACCUGGUCCAAACGCCUCACGAAGACGGCGGGCCGCUGUUUCCAGGAGAAGCGGCUGGUCGGGGGCGCGACGGUGUAUUCCGCGCGGGUGGAGUUGUCGGUUAAGGUUGUUGACGAUCUGGCCAAGCUCCGCAACACGCUGAUGCACGAGCUCUGCCACGCGGCCCAAUGGCUGCUCAACCACACGAGCAGGCCGCCCCACGGCCCCGAGUUCAGGCACUGGGGCCGCCGCGCAGAGGAAGCGUACCCGGACAUUGUGUGCCAGACCUGCCACUCCUACGACAUUGCGUACCGGUUCCAUUGGCGGUGUGUGCGGUGUGGCGUCCGGUACGGCCGACAUAGUCGAUCGAUCAACACGGAGACGCAGGCGUGUGGCGGGUGCGGCGGGCGGUUG